GGGGAAGUCGGGAGCGCGCCCGUGAGCCCGGAGCAGCGGCAGCGUCGGUGGCGUCGGGAGCGAGCGGGCCCGGGAACGGCGCGGUUGGUAGAGGAGGAGCCGCGGGCUCGAUUCUCUAACCAUGGCACAGGUAGAGAAACGUGGAGGUUUGCUCCGGAAAUCUUCAGCCUCCAAAAAACCACUGAAGGAAAAAGUGGUGCUGAUGUAUGAUGAGAUCUUCAUGACAGAGGACCCCAGUAAGUGCAGUCCUCGGUUUUGGGAGGAGCUCUUUCUCAUGAAGGUGAAUUUAGAGUACCUAGAAGGCAAGCUGGAAUCUCUUGAUGGUGAGGAGUUAAUGAAGAUCAAGGACAAUAUUAAUUGCUUAUUCCAACACUGCAUCCAGGCUCUGGGAGAGGAGCAUCCAAUUCGGGUUGUCAAUGCAUUGCAGACCCUGUGCGCACUCAUUCGAGGAGUCCAUCAAAAGAAUAAGUCUACCUCUGGGUUUGACAUUAUCAACAUGCUGAUGGGCUUUGACAAGGCGGAGCUGUGCAUGAAGAACUUGAUGGAGAGUUUGGAUUCAUUGCUUUGUGCAGAAGGUUCUGAAAGUCUGAAGAGCUUAUGUCUGAAACUUCUCCUUUGCUUAGUGACCGUGACAGAUAACAUCAGCCAGAACACUAUUCUCGAGUAUGUAAUGAUCAACAGCAUAUUUGAAGCAAUUUUACAGAUACUUUCCCAUCCCCCAAGUCGUAGGGAGCAUGGGUAUGAUGCUGUCGUCCUCUUGGCUUUGCUGGUGAACUAUAGAAAAUAUGAGGAGAUGAUCCAGUUGCUUUAUGAGUUUAAAUAUAUGACCAUUUAUGCUGCCCAACUGAGAUUGGGUCUGGAAAAACCCAAGAACUCUUCCAGUGCUCUAAGUGAUGGGACAAUCAUUAAAUUCCAGUGUCCUGACCAGAUUGUUGUUUGGUCUGUGAAUCCUUAUAUUGUGAAGCUGUCUAUCGUGGAUGAUGAGGCCACACUCAAUGGAAUGGGACUUGUAAUUGCUCAGGCUUUAUCUGAGUACAACAGGCAGUAUAAAGACAAGGAAGAAGAACACCAAAGUGGUUUUUUCUCUGCUUUAACAAAUAUGGUGGGCAGCAUGUUCAUAGCAGAUGCCCAUGAGAAAAUCUCAGUACAAACCAAUGAGGCCAUUCUUCUGGCACUUUAUGAAGCUGUUCAUUUAAAUCGCAACUUCAUCACAGUAUUAGCUCAGAGCCAUCCAGAAAUGGGCUUGGUGACGACCCCUGUCAGUCCUGCUCCUACAACCCCAGUCACACCACUUGGGACCACACCGCCUUCCUCUGAUGUUAUAAGUUCUGUGGAACUCCCACUGGAUGCAGAUGUACAGACCAGUAAUCUACUGAUAACCUUUUUAAAGUAUAGCUCAAUUGUCAUGCAGGACACCAAAGAUGAACACAGGCUUCACAGUGGCAAACUCUGUCUGAUUAUCCUUACAUGUAUUGCAGAGGAUCAAUAUGCCAAUGCAUUUUUGCAUGAUGACAACAUGAAUUUUCGAGUAAACUUACAUAGAAUGCCUAUGAGACACAGGAAGAAGGCAGCAGACAAGAAUCUUCCCUGCCGUCCUUUAGUAUGUGCAGUACUGGACCUGAUGGUAGAGUUUAUUGUAACACACAUGAUGAAGGAGUUUCCUAUGGAUCUCUAUAUACGCUGCAUCCAGGUAGUACACAAACUGCUCUGCUACCAGAAGAAGUGUCGGGUACGCCUGCAUUACACCUGGCGGGAGCUCUGGUCAGCCUUGAUAAAUUUGCUGAAGUUCCUUAUGUCAAAUGAGACUGUACUUUUGGCCAAACACAACAUUUUUACAUUAGCCCUUAUGAUUGUGAACCUAUUUAAUAUGUUUAUCACAUAUGGCGACACAUUUCUGCCAACCCCCAGCAGCUAUGAUGAACUUUACUAUGAGAUUAUCCGCAUGCACCAGAGCUUUGACAACCUCUACUCCAUGGUCCUGAGGCUUUCUACCAAUGCAGGCCAGUGGAAGGAAGCAGCUAGCAAGGUGACCCAUGCAUUGGUUAAUAUCAGAGCCAUCAUCAACCACUUUAACCCCAAAAUUGAGUCCUACGCUGCUGUGAAUCACAUAUCCCAACUGUCAGAGGAGCAGGUGCUGGAGGUGGUGAGAGCCAACUAUGACACGCUCACGCUGAAGCUGCAGGAUGGCCUGGACCAGUAUGAGCGCUACUCAGAGCAGCACAAGGAAGCUGCCUUCUUCAAAGAGCUGGUUCGAUCCAUUAGCACCAACGUCCGGAGAAACCUGGCCUUCCACACACUCAGUCAAGAAGUCCUGCUCAAGGAGUUCUCCACUAUCUCCUGAGGCCACACCUACCUGAGCAGCCUCUGACUGCCCUUACCCAUGAGGAUCAUGGGCUGGAGGGGGAGCGAGGGGAGAGGGGGCUGCCCCCGAGGUUGGAGAGAAACACAGAUACCAAGUUCUCUUGGUGAAGACCACACUUCAAUGGAGCUCGGGCAGCAGGGGCAGGAGGGUCAAGCCAGGGAUAAUCUUAUUUGGGGAGGAAUGGGUGGGCACAGUGGGGAGAGGCCUCCAGGAAUGUGGGGACUUCCAGAGUGGGCUCCCUAAACAGCCCCUCACAUUUCCAAUCUUGAGGUUACAAGCUGUAGCUACUGACUAAUUUUCGGGAGCUGGUGAGGCAAGCCUCAGGGUAAUGCCAGCACCCUGAAAGUCAGUGGCUCUGCUCGGCUUCUGAAAACAGAUCAACUCUCAGAUAUAGCUGGAGCUACAUCCUGCUUCCUUUGGGCCUGGGGCUGUGCUUGGCUUGAAAUCUGUGUCCCCUGCCUGCACUGGCACUUUGUCCAGUCAUCGGGACCUUUGGCUCAGAUUUAGGGUAAGAUAGGAAUAGGGUACCUUUUUCCUUUUUUUUCUGAGACGGAGUCUCACUCUGUCGCCCAGGCUGGAAUGCAGUGGCGUGAUCUCGGCUUUACUGCAGCCUCCGCUUCCUGGGUUCAAGCGAUUCUCCUGCCUCAGCCUCCCGAGUAGCUGGGACUACAGGAGCGUGUGCCACGCCCGGCUAAUUUUUUGUAUUUUUAGUAGAGAUGGGGUUUCACCAUGUUACCCAGGAUGGUUUCAAUAUCCUGAGUUCAUGAUCCACCCGCCUUGGCCUCCCAAAGUGCUGGGAUUACAGGCGUGAGCCACCACACCCAGCCAGUUUUCCUAUUUUCUGAAUUCAGAAUUGACUUCUCUGGGAAAACUGGAGAUGAGAAUCUGCCCAGUGCUCUGCUGUCCGGCCACCGCCUUUUGAAUUUUAGUUUUGGCACCAGGAGUACCGUUAGCUUUCCCCUUCUUCUGGCCCAUUUGACUCAUCAGCACAAUAGGGUCACAACCUUAACUUUUAAUUUCUAAUCUGGUUUACUGUCUUUAGGGUGUGUAUGAAAUAAACAUUGACAGGCUUUCUGGAGCCCUCAAGGUGCCUACUUUGCUGGUUCCCUUUCCAGCAGCUCCCCCACCUCCCUAGCCCCCCCUCCUCUGGCAGCCUCUCCUGCCUCUGCUGAGCUCCCCUCCACGUGUUCCACCCCCUUACCCUGCUGUUGUUUACAUCCAACCUGCCUGAGAAUUUCCUCUGGGGAGGAAUCUAUUCCUGUCAUGGUCUAGUGCCUGGGAGGGAGAGAACUUUCUGGGGGUAGGGUGCCCUCCAUCUGUAACAGGCCAGGUGAGCAUCAUGCAUAAGGCCUCCAUUCUGUCCACUCAGAUUCUGGGUAGGGCCACAGGCAAAUCUCCUGACUUCUGGGGAGUUGGCUUGUGGUUCCUCCCUUGGAUAGCCUCCAUGGAACCACUAUAGGCUUUCCCAACAACUGCCUCUGAAAUAGCUGCUGCUUCGAGAUCCUCCCUUUUUAAAGCACUUUCUAAAGCCCUCAGGAUGGCGGGAGCAAACAGCACUGGUAUAUUCUAGGAGUAAGUGCAGGAAUUCAGCAGUGAGAGCAUGUCUGGGACCACCUGGACUGCCAUCCAUUUAACCUCAAAUCUCUUUGGGAUACUCGCCCUCCCUGGGAACCAGAGUUCUGGCUCUAACAUUGAGCAGCUAUGCACUAGUUCCAGAGAAGCCACUAACAGGCUGCCAUGUGUAGAUGUAGGUUCUUAAGAGAUCACAGGCUGGGUCAUCUGAUCACUGGAUGGAUAGCUCAGCCUGGGGCAUUUAGUGUUUUCCCUGGUGAUAAACCCCCAAGGCAGCUGGAUUUGGAGCUGGUGGCAAGUUGAAAUUAUUAAAAAUUGAUUUGUGUGGGACUGUC